AUGUCAAACAGCAACGGCUUGGAUGAUGACAACCUCCGUAAUGGUGAAACACAAGAAGACUUUUUUGAAGAAGAAAUUCCGUUCGAUGAUGAAGAUGAAAAUGAUGAAGGAGAAGAUUUGUUUGCUGACGAUGUGUUAGAAGAAGACUAUAGAGCCGGACCUUCCGAAGAGGAUUUUUAUGAUGAACAAUAUAUUGACAAUGAAGAAUAUCAGCCCAUGAGUUAUCAUGAACGAAUGAGAGCUGAGGAGCAGAUGCAACGCCGACAAGUUGAAGAGGAAACGGAAAAUGAAGUGGAACAGGCGAUUCAGCAGAAUGAAAAAAAUUGGAGUGCUGCUGACCAUGCUGUGUUUCACACACUCUUCAAUGAUGACGACAAUGAAAAUAAUGACGGUUUCAAUGACGAUGAUGAAGAUGAAAAUGAUGGCCGAUUUGAGGAUUUAUUGAACAAUCUUCGAGAGAAGCUGACCAUUAGCAAAACGAGAGAUCGUAUUGUGAAAGCAUUUAAGAGGUUUUUCACAGAACAAAAAAAGGAUGUCUAUAUGGAGGCCAUCAAAAAUGUAGUGGCUAAUAACAAAAAGUCUCUGGUUGUCAACUUUUCUGAUCUCUCAGUUGAACCAUUUCUUUUGAUAUUCCUGACAGAAGAACCUGAUGCAAUUAUAGAAAUUAUGGAAGAAGCUCUUAGACAGAUUGUGAAUCGAUAUUUUCCAAAUUAUGCAGGUUUUAACCUUGAAAAGGAUGAAAUGAUUCAUGUCCGUAUCAAAAAUCUUCCAGCUGUAGAAUCCAUUCGAGACCUUAGGCAUUCUACUUUGAAUCAAUUGAUAGCUGUUCGAGGAGUUGUCACGAGAAGAACUGCCAUGUUCCCUCAGUUAAAACUUGUAUCUUAUGAUUGUGUCAAGUGUGGCGAGAGAUUGAAUCCUGUCACUGUUCGAAGUGCAUCAGAAGUUGCUAAACCAACCAGCUGUCCUGGAUGUGCAGGAAAGAAUUGCUUUGUCAUCAAUGAGGCCAAAACUCUCUACUCGAAUUAUCAAAAAAUUACUAUUCAAGAACCACCAGGUACUGUCCCAGCAGGUAGAAUUCCUCGUUCCAAAGAUGUAAUUUUGACAAACGAUUUAAUUGACUGUGCAAGACCAGGAGAAGAAGUUAUUGUCAUUGGAGUUUUUAAACAAAAUUAUGAUGCCUUCCUUAAUGUUAAACAAGGAUUUCCCGUCUUUGCGACAAUAAUUGAAGCAAAUUACGUUGAAAAAUUGUUUGACAAGAGAAAUGAGUCCAUCACUAAAGAAGACGAACGAAAACUUCAAGAAUUGGCCAGAAAUCCUUAUAUUUUUGAGAAGAUUGUGAAAUCCAUUGCUCCCUCAAUUUUCGGUCAUGAAGAUAUCAAAAGAGGUAUUGCUUUGAGCUUGUUUGGAGGAGUUCGAAGAGUUUCAGCAGAACACACAACAAGAGGUGAUAUUAAUGUGCUCAUCUUGGGAGAUCCAGGAACAGCUAAAUCUCAAUUUUUGAAGUACAUUGAAAAAACAGCCACUCGAGCAGUUUAUACCACUGGAAAAGGUUCCUCUGCUGUUGGUUUAACAGCUGCUGUUAAAAAAGAUGCAAUUACAGGAGAAUGGACACUCGAAGGAGGUGCUUUGGUAUUAGCUGAUGAAGGUGUUUGUAUGAUUGAUGAGUUUGAUAAGAUGAACGACCAAGAUAGAACCUCCAUCCAUGAAGCCAUGGAACAACAGAGUAUCUCAAUAUCAAAAGCUGGUAUUGUCACAACCCUUCAGGCUCGAUGUGCUGUCAUUGCUGCAGCCAAUCCCAUCAAAGGGAGAUAUGACACCUCCAAAACAUUCCAUCAGAAUGUUGAACUAUCAGAACCAAUUCUCUCUCGAUUUGACAUUCUUUUCAUUGUUAGAGAUACAGUUGACGAAAAAAUUGACGAAAACUUGGCACAGUUUGUUGUGAAUAGUCACUUUAAAAGUCAUCCCAAGCAAGCUGCGAUUAGAAAAACUCAAGAACAACAAGCUGCUGUACGAGAAUUACUUGAUGAAAGAGAUGGAAAAAAGGACGAUGAAGCAUAUCUCUACAAUAGAGAUCCAAUACCUCAAGAAAUGCUGAAAAAAUACAUUAUUGUGGCGAAGAGACUACGUCCAGCUCUUGCUCUCGCCAAUCAUGAGAAAAUCACUCAAUUUUAUUCAGAGUUGAGAACACGCUCUGAGGAAGGAAGUGGUUUGACCAUUACAGCAAGACAUUUGGAAUCCAUUAUUAGAAUGGCUGAGGCAAGUGCCAAGAUGCAUUUGAGGUCUCAUGUGAAUGAUAGUGAUGUUAACACUGCCAUCUCUGUCAUGUUGGAGAGCUUUAUUUCAACUCAAAAGUAUUCUGUUGCUGGCUCUUUGAAACGAAAAUUCAAAAGAUAUCUCCAAUCUCCAACCGAUGACCAUCAACUAUUAUUACACAUUCUCAAUGAGAUGGUCAAAGCUAAAGUCUCCUCGAUGGCUGAUGAAGAGGAGGAUGAGGAAAGUGAGACUGAAAUUAGCAUUUCUAUUAAGGAAUUCAAGAAUGAAGUGGCUAAAAACAGAAUCUUUGACAUUUCUACCUUUUUGGAUAACGAAGAGUUGCUUGUAAGGAAAGGGUUCUCCAUUCGAGAAAACAAGAUCAUUUGGACUCCACCACAGCAAUGA